AUGUAAUAAGAAAGAGAGAGAGAGAGAGAGAGAGAGUGAGUGAAGAAGAGAAAAAGCAGAGAAUAAAAAGAGACCGGAUGUUGACAAAUUUCAUGUCACUGUUCUUAGAAGGUCGUUUGUUUGUGUAAAGAUUUUCUUAUCUGGGAUCUCUCUCAUCUUCUCUCUCUAGCAUAAAUAAAAAUACUAUCUUUCUCUCUCUUGUAAAAUAAAAAUCAUAUUUUUAUAUUAUUUUUCUUUCUUUUUGUUGUUGAGAGAGAGAGAGAGAGAGAGAGAGAGUGGCCCAGCAGAUCGAAAUCUCCUUUCUUUUGUUCAAUUCUGGAGACGAUCUAAGCUCCUUUAAUGGAGUUCCAAUAACACCCACUUUGUUCUUCGCUGUAUAUUUGUUGUUUCUUUUAGCUUUAUCUCUCUGUAUGUGUUCUUGAUAGCUUCAGUCUUUAGAAAUUUAUGAACUUUUGUCUAUGGUGUGAAGACCACUGUUGAAUAAUUGAAUCCAUUGGAGGGAUUCUUUAGGGGAAGAGAUAAGAGGAUGUGGGUCUGAGGACUGAUGUGGAUAUCUAAGAGUAUGGCAGUAGAUUGAUUAUGUCCUGGUUUACGUUUUGGUGUUUAAACUAUUCGGUAUUUGAAGCCCACAAGUCCUGUUAAUCUGGAUUCGCACUAGGCAGACCACGAGUUGGGAAUGGGAACAAAAGUACAGUGUGAAAGCUGCUUCCCUGGGUCCUUUUCAAUGAGGGAUCUUAAUGAGGAUUCUAAUAGUUGUAGCUGGCCUCUAUAUUACGGAGAUGGAACAUUCCCAAAUGGGCAAUACUACAAUGGAUUCUUGCCAAGGUCCAUUGCAGAUGUAUAUUCAGGAUACGACAAGGAUAUAGUAAAGCAGACAAUGCUGGAGCAUGAGGCCAUAUUUAAGGAUCAGCUGUGUGAACUUCAUCGCUUAUACAAAAUACAGAGGGACUUAAUGGAUGAAGUUAAAAGGAAAGAAUUGUAUAAAAAUCGGAUGCCUAUUGAGACAUCAUUGUCAUCAAGCCCCUUAGCAUCUCAAAUUACAUCUGAAGAUGCUCGGAAGUGGCACAUACCUAGCUUCCCCUUGGCAAAUUCUGUUUGUGCAGGACCAUCAACUUCAGGCAUUGAAGACAUGCAUUCUCCGUUGAGUUCUAUGAAAGGAAGCAGUUUGCAAGCUAGUCCCUUGCUAUCCCAAAAUGGAGGUACUUCGAAAGAUGUGGAAAUGCUGGAUUCAAGACCCACAAAGGUGAGGAGAAAGAUGAUUGAUCUUCAACUUCCAGCUGACGAGUACAUAGAUACUGAAGAAGGGGAACAACUUAGGGAUGAGAGUAUAUGUGGUAUUUCUAGUUUAUUGCCAAAUAGGUAUCAUAAAGUUGUACCUGAGAAUGGAAUAAAUCUGCUUAUUGGUACUGGUGGGAAGAAUAAUUGCCAAGAAGAAACAUUGCAAUCUGAAUCACAUACAAAAACCAAAAAUAACUUGGCUGACCUGAAUGAGCCAAUUGAGGUUGAAGAUAAUAGUGCAUCUGCAAAUGGUCUUCUAGGCUGUACUAACUCCCAGUAUGAGAUUCAAGGGCAUGAGCUUGCUGCUAAACCCAAAUCACAGUUUCAUGGUUUUCCCAAAGAAAUCUUACUGAGCUCUCGUAAUGCAAGCAAUAAUGGGACUGUUAAUGAUCUGCAUUUACAGAAUAAUGCAAAUGGAAAACUGUGGUUUCCCCAUAUGCUUGACUCAGGGAACAGUAAAAACAACCUGAAGUCUGUUUCUCAAGGUUUCCAGCCAGAAAGGUUGCCUUCAUCUUCCCAGCCAGUACAGGUUCUGUUAAACAAAACUAAUGAACCUGCAACUCUUUUUCUUGCUGAUCCAAGCAAGGUAGAUCAGUUGAGAGAAAUAACAGUUCGUGGUUCAGAACUCUCUGGAAGCAAUCAUGAGGUCUCCACUAAUAACCAUGCAGGUUCACUUGUUGCUUCCAAUAUAGCCAGUCAAUAUGUAAUUGAUCCUUCUUCUGAUUUGAGCAACUCCUGGUCUCGCUCCAUUUCAUCUUGGGAAAAGCUCAGUGGUAGCUUAAGCCAGAGGUCAAUGUCCGUUCAAAUGCACCCAUAUUUGAAUUCAUCUGCAACCUUGAGUAGGAGUUCUCAGUCAUCAACUCAAAGCCAUGGUGUUUUUGGAGAGCGGUGGAAUUAUAACAGCAGUUCUACAUCUAACAUGAGAGUUGGAAGUGAUAUGCCUGAGCAAAAUGGAUUUUAUCAUGGGUCCUCAUCAGCGUCUAAGGAACCACUUAUUCGCUUUCAUUCAGGCAACUGUGAUUACUUGAACUGCAGCGAUGCCAGUAAUAUAAUCCAUGAGAACUUCACCAAUCAUGGUUCAGUGAAGUACUACAAGAGCUCAAACUGCUUGGACUCAAAGUCAGCAAAAGAUGUCAAUUUGAAUAUAGCGUUUCCAAACAGCUCGACGACCAAGAUGGCUUCACAGCAAAUUGUUGAGGUCAUUGAUUUAGAAAGAAACCAAGAGGAUCAUCUUGUCACUUUGCCUUGGCUAAGAACGAAGCCUAACCAUAAAAAUGCGGCUAUUAGUACAGGAGUAGAUUUGAAUUCAGGUGGAUUUAUUGACUUGCAAUCUUCGAAUCAGGUGUCGGAUACAAGUGAAGCUGGAAAACUUCCUAUUCCAACAAGCGUUCAGGAUAUGAAAUCAGCUUCGUGUUCCAAUGUCAUUGAGGCCAGUAGGAUUGAAACAAGUGAUUUCUCAAGUUGCAGAAAAAUUCUUGGCUUUCCCAUUUUUGAAAAGCCACAUAUUUCAAAGAUCGAGUCUUCUUCCCUUACCUCCCCGUCUGUGUCCCUUGCGCAGCCAUCUGAAGAAGUAGAAAAUAACAGGAAAAGUAGGAUUCUUGAUAUUAACUUACCUUGUGAUCCAGCAGCUCCUGACUGUAGUCAAGAGAUUGCACCAGAAGUUGUGCUUAUAGAAAAAAAAUCAGACUCUCAUGUUGCCAAUGUCAGACAUGAGAUUGAUUUGAACUCUUGUGUAACUGAAGAUGAAGCUUCUAUGAUGCCUUCUGUGCCUGGCUUGGAUGUGAAGAUUGUUCCAGCGUCGGAUGGAAAGAUUAUCUCAGGAAUAGAUUUGGAAGCCCCUGCAGUUCCUGAAACUGAGGAGGAUAUAUUUCCUGAGGAAGAGUUUCAAGAAAAGGCUCAUGAAGCACUUCCUUUGCUCUCGUCACAGCUCAAAGCUGAAAGCCCACCAGAUGAAUUCGUCAUAAUAGCAGCAGAGGCAAUAGUUGCAAUCUCUUCAUCCGUUCACAAGAAUCAUAAGGAUGAUGUAAAUUGCAAUCCAUCAGAAGCUUCUAUGACAGAUCCUCUUCAUUGGUUUGUGGAGGUAGUUUCCUCCUUCGAAGAGAAUCUAGAGAGCAAAUAUGCUGUAUUGGGAGCCAAGAAUGGUCAAGAUGAUGAGGGGUCAUCUUCAGAAGAUUACUUUGAGUCUAUGACUUUAAAAUUGAUAGAGACCAAGGAAGAGGAUUACAUGCCCAAGCCUUUGGUUCCAGAAAACCUGAAACUAGAAGAAAAGGUAACAACUUUAUUACCAACUCGAACCCGAAAAGGCCAGGCAAGAAGAGGAAGGCAGCGGAGGGACUUCCAAAGGGACAUUCUUCCAGGCCUAGCGUCUCUGUCAAGGCAUGAGGUAACAGAAGAUCUUCAGGCAUUUGGAGAGCUGAUGAGAGCAAAAGGCCAUUUUUGGCAUUCGGGAUUAACAAGAAGGAAUUCCACUAGAAGUGGGUGUGCAAGGGGGAGGAGGCGCACACUGGUUAGCUCCUCUCCGGCUGUGAUAGCAAGCCCAUCUUGUGCUCCUCUAAUACAGCAGCUUAAUAAUGUUGAAGUGGGACUGGACGAUAGAAGCCUAACAGGGUGGGGAAAGACAACAAGACGUCCCCGCCGGCAAAGAUGCCCUCCAGGUAAUUCUCCAGUUCUCCCUUUAACCUAAUAAUAAGAAGAGGGUUUGGUUUAUCCAUUGAGAAUGUUAUAGAGGGAAGCGAGAGAUUCAUUUCUAUAGCUGCGGCCGGAGAAGCAGGGGUGGGAAUUGAGGUUGUUGUAAGGCAUUGGGGAUUCUUUGUACAUUUGGUAGUCCAUAAUCUGGGUCCCCUUGAUUAUCUGUGUUUUGGGUGGUUAACAACUUUGUAUUAUUUAUAAAUAAUGUUGCAUGAUUUCUUCUUAGAUAUAUAGUACCAUAGCAUUCCUUUGGUUGUGUAUUCACAUUGACAUGUCCUUGUUCUAGGACUGAAUUUUGAUGAUCCUUGAUACUCUUAUUUUAGCUGCUCCUGAUUGCUCUUUGAA